AUGUCUGGGAUGGGAGAAUCGCGUACGGAGCUAUUGGGGUGGCUGAACGACCUGCUGAGGUUGGACUACACGAAGGUGGAGCAGUGCGGGACAGGCGCAGCGUACUGCCAGAUCAUGGACUCGAUCUACGGGGACCUGCCCAUGCACAGGGUGAAGUUCGACGCGCGGGCGGAGUACGAGUCGCUGACGAACUUCAAGAUCCUGCAGAGCUGCUUCACGAAGCACAAGAUCGAGAAGACAGUGUUUGUGGACCGCCUGAUCAAAUGCCGGUUCCAGGACAACCUGGAGUUUCUGCAGUGGAUGCGGCGGUUCUGGAUCCAGAAUAAAGACGAGUCGCCGUACGACCCGGAGUCCCGGCGGAAGAGCGUGAGGCCUGUGAGCAUGCGGGCACCCGCGCAGGCGCCGCCGUCACACGCGCCCAAGCGGCGUAGCCUGGCGACGUUUGCGGCUACGGGCACGGCGGCAGCGCCGCGGCCGCUACAGAAAGCGCGGGCGGCCGCGGGCGGGGCGGGUGGAGCGGUUGCGACGCGGGUGCCGUCGGGCGGCGCGCCUGCGCGCGGGACGGCGACUGCGGGCGCGGGCGAGCAGGUUGCCGCGCUGCAGGGCGAGCUGAGCGCGGCCGAGCACAAGAUAAACAAGCUGACACAGGAGAUGGUGCAGUACCAGGACGCGAUGAGCCUGAUGGAGCGUGAGCGCGACUUCUACUUCGGCAAGCUGCGGGACAUCGAGAUACUGGUCCAGUCCACGCAAGACCUGUUCAAGGAAGGAGUAUACAACGACGACCCGCAGGAGCUGAACCGCCUGUUGGGGAAGGUCAGCCAGAUACUGUAUUCUACGGAGGAGGGGUUCGAGGUGGCCAACGGCGCCGACGGCAACGAAGAGUACGACGUGGAGGCGGGGACGAGGAUGGAAAACUGUGUGGAGGGACAGGUCCUGCAUAACCUUAUUACCGACGAUGAAACCUUUUGA